GUGCGUGUGUUUGAGUGUGUGUGUGUGUGUGUGAGUGUGUGCGUGUGUGUGUGUGUGUAUCUGGGAGCGGUAUGGAGGACAGCACUACGUCUGAGGAGGACCUGGAGACCCUGAUCGAGGGUCUGGACUACAUCCCGGGUCACUUCCACCUGGCCCUGCACCUGAAUGGCGAGUCGCAGGGACCGGCCGAGCUGCGGAGGCGGGACACACACCUGCGCCGGGAGAGCCUGCGCGUCCAGCUGGAGGCCGAGACCGGACCGCUGCAGUACGCCGUACGGAACCUUCUGGGCCUGCUGGACUUCCACCUGGACCGGCUGCCCGAGGCCGAGGAGGCCUUCCUCGCCGUGUGCCGCGAGCAGCCAGCCAACCUCAACGCCUGGGCCAACCUGGGCUACGUGUACGACCGGCUGGGCCGCGAGCAGGAGGCGGGGGAGUGCGUGGAGCGGGUGUCCUCGCUCAUGGGCCUGGGGGGGGACACGGGGGCGGGGGGGGGGGAACAGGACGGUCCCGGGCGCAGCAGCGCCGCCGCUGCCCGCUGCCUGGCCGAGCAGGCCUACACACACCCCUGGGACGUGGAGCUGGACGAGGACGAGGUGCUCCGCGAGCGACUGACCGCCGCGCUCACACUCUACAACAGAGCGUUGGACUAUGGAGCAGAGCUGAUACCGACAGAAGAGAAGAGGAGCUGGUACUUUAACAUGGCCACCAUUUACAUACGGCUGGACGGAAUGAUCCGGAACAAGGAGGACGCGGAGUACUCCAGACCUCCCCUCUACAACAAGGGCCUCAAGCUGCUCACCGAGGUGCUGCAGUCGGACAACGUCCAUCUCAAGGCUCUGACCUGGUGUUAUGUGGGUGUGCUGCUGGAGAGGAAGGACGAGUUCUCCACGGUGCCCAUGGCCGUCCACGACUGCGGCUACUCCAGCUCAGAACCACUAUCCUGCUACGGACUGGCCAUCAACUUUACCACGGACAAUGCGCUCAUCCUGAACCAGCUGGCGACCGUCUUCCUGACGCUGGGCAAACACGACAUGGCCACGGGCAUCAGCAACAUGGCACUUAGCGUGCUGCCCGACCCCGAGCUCAACUGGCAGGCCUACUGCAACCGCGCCAAGAUUAACGUGACGGCAUACGUGCGGAACCUGGAGAGGGCCAAACAGGGGCAUGCUGGGAUACCCGACAGGCAGAGCCUGAGAGAGGCCAAGACGGACCUGGAGCGUGUACUGAGUGUGAGGCCCUGCCUGAGGACACACCUGGAGUUGGCACAGGUGCACUACUACAUGGGUGUGGAGGCGGUGCAGGAGUCCCUGCUGGUGGAUGAGGGGGCGGUGAACAGCGCCCUCGUGUGUCUGUCCCGGGCACUGCAGUGCCCGCCAGGCGAGAGCCUCCCGGAGCUGCACCUACUAAGGGGGCGGUGCCUGCUGCUGAAGGGGGAGGAGUCCAACGCGGUCAACUGCUUCCUGCGGUCACUGGAGCUGCAGCGCCCCGGAGCGGCCGACCCCGCCGCCCUGCGCUUCCUGCUGGGGGCGCUGCUUCUCUGCUGCUGCCAGGGCCCCGACGCUGACAGCGCCAUCUGCAGGUUGGAGGAGUGCGUGCACCACGCGGAGAAGACCUACUCGCAGGCCGUGGUGCGGCAGGAGCUGCGGGGGCUCUGCCGCUCGCACGCGGCCGAGGUGACGGAGCUGUCCAAGACGCUGGUCACAAGGGGCCGAACUAAACUGGUGCGCCACCUACUGGACAGUCUGCAGCCGCGCGGGAAGACGCAGUUGGCACGCUCCUUCUCUGUGUGAAGGGGAGAGGAAUACACACAGGAGGUGGAGGAAUGUGUAUGACGUGUGUGUGUGUGUGUUGUGUGUGUGUGCUUGUGUGCUGUGUGUGUUGUGUGUAUGGAGAUCACCGUUGGUCCCCUGACCCUGUGUGGGAGUGAGAGGAACAUAACAGGAGGGCUUUGUGUAUGUGUGUGUGUAAAGAAAGUCACUGUCUAUGUGAGACAAUGUGUGUGUAUGUACGAGACAAGUAUUCGGUGACCGAAGUGAACAGUUCAUGGAAUCUGACCCUCCGCAACACAGGAAGAUGAUGGAACACAUUCACCGUCUCUCUCUGGAGGGAUUAAUGUGACUCCUCUUCAGGACAUUCACCUUUCUACCAUUUACCUUUCUAACCAAACCUCACGUUUUGAACAUAGCUCACCGUUAGGAGUGUUUGAGAUAGGGAAUAUCUUCUCAAUCUGCCUGGGGACACCUGGAGCUGGAACUGACUCCAGAUGAACAGGCUUGUCUGUGUACAGCUCUUAAAGGUAUUGAGACUGUAAUGAGCUCUUGAGUGUGUUUUAAUGUGCAGCAGAAAGCAGUCUCGUACUUCAGCUCUUAAAGGUAUUGAGACUGUAAUGAGCUCUUGAGUGUGUUUUAAUGUGCAGCAGAAAGCAGUCUCGUACGUCAGGUCUU